CGUCAAGCAGAAGCAGCAGCAACUCAACCAGAAGAAAAAACUCAGGAAAAUUGUUAUCAUUAGCGGCUCUUAUAUUGGGUUCUUUUUAAUUUGUUUUGAUGGCUUCGAAAAGAAUCUUGAAGGAGCUAAAGGAUCUUCAGAAAGACCCUCCUACUUCUUGCAGUGCUGGGCCUGUCGGCGAGGAUAUGUUCCAUUGGCAAGCAACGAUAAUGGGUCCUCAAGACAGUCCUUAUGCUGGGGGAGUGUUUUUAAUUACUAUUCAUUUCCCCCCUGAUUACCCGUUCAAACCUCCAAAGGUUGCAUUCCGGACAAAGGUUUUUCACCCUAAUAUAAACAGCAAUGGCAGUAUUUGCCUUGACAUCUUGAAGGAGCAGUGGAGCCCAGCCCUAACAAUUUCUAAGGUGUUGCUCUCAAUCUGUUCACUUUUGACGGAUCCAAACCCGGAUGACCCCCUGGUGCCAGAAAUUUCUUACAUGUACAAGACUGACAGGGCCAAGUACGAACAAACUGCUCGGAGCUGGACCCAGAAAUAUGCAAUGGGUUAGUAUGAUUUGCCUAUCAAGAGUCACAUGCAUUAUGUAAAAAUUAUGUCUCUCUCCAGUCUACUCUUGUAAUGGACAAAAUGUAUCAUGCAGCUUUGAAUUAUGCUUUUAGUUUUUCAUAUCAGAUUAUCAUAUCAUUAUCGUGAAAGACUGGAUACUGUUCAUUAGUGUUGUUUAAUGUUUAAUUCAGAGUGACUAUGUUCUGCAA